AUGUCUGCUCUGGUUCACGACUCGCCCGACCGAGCCGUCACAGCCAUCGAGCCUCUGACAGGAAGUGACAACUUCGCGACCUGGAAACGUCUCAUGACCUCCUACCUCAAAGCGAGGCAGGUCUGGGAUGUCGUAUCGGGCGAUCUUGAGCGUCCUAACUGCUCAUUCAAGUACGCCAAACCCAUUACGGCGGACAUCCACCCGUUGGUGGAACCGCACCUCAACGGGGCGGUGAGGCAACGCGCGAUUGAGGCGCGCCUCGAAGUGGAGGUCCAGGCAUUCGAGCGCCAUCGUCUGCAAGAAAAGCGGCCAUGUAGUUGCGGAGUGCUGGAAGAAGCAGCGCGAACAACAGCCGCCCAGGGACCAUGCCCUGAAGGCGGAACGGAGUGUUUCCGGCUCACCAAGAAACAAUCUACAAAACAUACCAUCAAGCCAGAUGGAAGAUCGGCAGGGCCCGCCGACUUCCAAGAGACCGCGGAUCAAUAUCGUGAGGCCGAGGGUGACGACCCUUUAUACCCACGCACCGUCACCCCGGUGGAUCCUGGACUCGGCCGCCACCAGCCACAUCUGCUGGGACCGCAGCUGCUUCAGCAGUCUUCGGCCUCAUCGUAG